UGAUUCUUGAUGGCCAGUUAUCCAGCGCGUCUGAAGAAGGUCCUGAUCGUGACAGCGCCACUGUGGUUCAAAGCACUCAUUAAGAUCCUGCGUCUAUUCGUGCGAAAGAAGCUGCGCGAGCGAGUGUUCACUGUAUCGGUGCCUCAAUUGGCGCUGCACGUGCCGCACAAGACGCUGUCCCUUCACUUGGGUGGCACGCUGGAGGUCGAUCACGACACAUCGUUGCUCAGCUGCCGCCAAUCGAUGAUGAAUCGUGAGGACAAGCUGCUGGCCAAUAUCAUGGAUGUGAGCGAUGGAUCCGGAUCCAGUUCAGAAACUGGAUCAGAAUUUGUGUCCAACAAUCAAAAAACCAGGAUAAUCAGCGCCGUCCACCAGUUGGGCGAUAAUAAUACCGCGGACAACAACAGUACCAUCACGUACGCCACCACAGCUGCUGCAGCAGCUAACGGCGCCACCACCAAUGGGGGCAGAGAGUUUUUGAACCCGCCCAGCAGCGCCUCAUCCGACAUGAGUGUCGAUGAUAGUCUCGAUGGUCAGGAGGGCGAUUCCAAGUCCAUUCACCAGAUUGUCCAGAUGAUGAAGCAGGGCGGACUCCGUGGUUUGAUUGAGGACUACGCGGUCAUUCGGAAUAGGCCGCCCGAGGGCACCUUCUGGCAUUCGAGAAUGCAUGCCAAUCUGACCAAGAAUCGCUUCGCAGACGUCCUCUGCUACGAUCAAAAUCGAGUGGUUCUGACACAGGAAGACGGCGACGAGGCGUCGGAUUACAUAAAUGCGAACUUCGUCGAUGGCUACAAAGAAGAUAGUGCGUAUAUAACAACUCAAGGUCCAUUACCAAACACAUGCAAGGACUUUUGGCGCAUGAUCUGGGAACAACAUUGUUUACUUAUAGUGAUGACGAUGCGCGUGGUGGAGCGCGGAUGUGUGAAAUGCGUCCAGUACUGGGAGCCGACUGAAGAAGGUUCCUUAGAGUUUGGCGACUACCAUGUGCGAACAAUUAGCGUUGAGUGCAACGAGGGCUACAUGGUUACCUCGUUAGAAUUGAGAAACAUAGAGACAGACGAAGUUCGCAAUGUCUCAGGACAGACAAACAUGGCUUAUUUCUAGCUGUUUCAAACUUUUAAACAAAUGUGACACAUACAAAGCUUUGGAAAUCGAUAUGCUUAUUAUUACUUACUGACUUAUUUGACCAUUUUUCA